AUGGCUGGAUCCGAAGAUGGCCAUCACAUCGAGAUAGUCCCAGAUGACAGCGCCUGGGGUGGAGUAGAGGACAGCAUGGAGGACCCUGAGGAGGUUCGCGUCAUCUUUUGCGCCUUGGAUUCAUUCUUCCAAUACGCCAAAGUCUCUCACUUCAACAUCACCCACCUCCGUCGCCAGUCCUUCUACGCACUUCCCCAGAACCACUGGAAACUCCUUGCAGGACCUCCCUUCAACUUUCUCGACACCCUUGAGAAGGUGGACGACGCCGUCGAUGAGAAUGCCGAGUUUGCUCGCACCAUCGCUCGCUAUGGACUCCAGUCCUUCCGGGCGAUCGCAGCCGACCCCGAAGGAGGAGAGCCUAGCAUGCCUCCGGAGUGGAAUGGAGUAGCUAAGCACUCUGACGUCGACAAGGCUAGGAGCACCAUCCGCCAGUUCUACCGCGACUGGACUGAAGCUGGAGCUGCUGAGAGACAGGCUAGUUACGGCCCCAUCAUGAAGGCUCUUGAAACAGAGAAGCAAAAGCAUCCCGAGCAAACGUCCUUGAAGGUGCUGGUGCCAGGUGCAGGGCUGGGCCGACUAGUGUUUGACCUUUGUGUGAAUGGCUACACAGCCGAGGGAAACGAAAUCUCGUACCAUCAGCUCCUGGCAUCUUCCUACAUCCUCAACAGCUGUCCCGCAGCUAAGCAUCAUACUAUCUACCCCUGGGUUCACUCCUUCUCAAACCACCUCACCCGGGCCAACCACCUCCGAAGCUACCAGGUCCCAGACGUCCACCCGGCUUCGGUUCUGGCUGCCACCCCGAAUACCGGGGAAAUGUCCAUGUGUGCUGCCGACUUCCUCUGCCUCUACUCAGACGAAGAUCACAAGGAGCAGUAUGACGCUGUCGCCAGCGUCUUCUUCCUCGACACAGCACCAAACCUGAUCCGAUACCUCGAAGUCAUCCGACACUGCCUCCGACCCGGAGGUGUACUCAUCAACGUUGGCCCCUUGUUGUGGCACUUUGAGAAUAACGCCCCCGGGAACCACGGCCUGGGCGAUGGAGAAGACGGCGAACACGACCACAACGCCUCAUCGGGUAUUGCUGACCCGGGAAGCUUUGAGCUGUCGGAUGAUGAGGUCAUUGCUCUUCUUGAGAAGAUGGGGUUCGUUGUCGAGUGGCAUCAGACUGGUAUCGAGGCACCAUACAUACAUGACAGCGAGAGUCUACUACAAACGAUAUAUAAGGCGAGCACUUGGGUGGCUCGCAAACCAGCUGAUGCAGGUAGCUCAUGA